UGUUGGAUCUCUGUUUAGGGGACAGUUCUCUAAAAUGAGUCUCUCUGGAGCGAGAAAGAAGGGGGGCCCUGCCUCUAAAAUGAGUCUCUCUGAGGAGAGAGAGGAGGGGGACCCUGCCUCUAAAAUGAGUCUCUCUGAGGAGAGAGAGGAGGGGGACCCUGCCUCUAAAAUGAGACUCUCUGGGGAACAUGACACCAAAGCUAAGAGUCCAAUCAAGCAGGAGAGACCAGCCUCCCCUGUUCCCAGCUGUGUGUCCAUGAAGAGUGACCAGUCUAUGAAUCCUCCUCUAAACUUUAGAGAGGGAGACUUUUCUACUGAACAAAGGUUUAAGGGCAACGUAGCACGUCUGGUGAACAGAGCAGAGUCCCAUAUCAUCAGUCAGACCAGUAGAAACAGGAUCAGCAGCACAACAAGUCCAAUCAAGCAGGAGAGACCAGCCUCCCCUGUUCCCAGCUGUGUGUCCAUGAAGAGUGACCUGUCUAUGAAUCUACCUAUAAACUUUAGAGAGGGAGACUUUUCUACUGAACAAAGAAACCAACAGGAGAGAUCAGGGUCAGAGAUUCUCAGUUGUCAGUCUUCCCAGAGUCAUCAAACAGACCUGGACUCCAUAUUCAGUAUGCUUGAAGAGAAAAUUAUGACAUUUGUGAAGAACGAGCUGAAGAUGUUCAAGAGAAUUCUUAGUCCAGAACUCCCAGAAGGCUUUGAGAGUCAGAAGCAGGAUAAGGAAGUGGUGGAUGCUGAAGAUGAGAAGCAGGAGAGCAGUGCCAGAGAGGGGGCUCUGAAGAUCACACUGCACAUCCUGAGGAAAAUGAACCAGAAGGAGCUCGCUGACACACUGGAGAAAUAUGAGCUUGCUGUGAUUUGCCAACGUGAACUCAAAUCUAAUCUAAAGAAGAAGUUUCAAUGUGUAUUUGAGGGGAUCGCUAAACAAGGAAACCCAACACUUCUCAAUAAGAUCUACACAGAGCUCUACAUCACAGAGGGUGGAACAGGAGAGGUCAAUAAUGAACAUGAGCUGAGACAGAUUGAGACAACAACCAGGAAACAAGCAAGACCAGAGACUGCAAUCAAAUGUAACGACAUCUUCAAACCCUUAACUGGACAAGACAAACGUAUCAGAACUGUGCUGACAAAGGGAGUCGCUGGCAUUGGAAAAACAGUCUCUGUGCAGAAGUUCAUUCUGGACUGGGCUGAAGGAAAAGCAAAUCAGGAUGUCCAAUUUGUAUUUUCAUUCCCUUUCCGGGAGCUGAAUUUGAUGAAAGAGGACAGACACACUUUCAUUGAACUUCUUAAUCACUUCUCAAUGGAAACCAAACAAUCAAGAAACUCCAACUACGACAAGUACAAAGUUCUGUUCAUCUUUGAUGGUCUGGAUGAGUGCCGACUGCCCCUAGACUUCCAGAAGAACAAGAUCUGUUGGGACGUCACAGAGUCAACCUCAGUGGAUGUUCUGCUGACAAAUCUCAUCAGGGGAAAUCUGCUUCCCUCUGCUCUCCUCUGGAUAACUACCCGACCAGCAGCAGCCAAUACGAUCCCUUCAGGGUGUGUUGACCAGGUGACAGAGGUACGAGGGUUCAAUGACCCACAGAAGGAGGAGUACUUCAGGAAGAGAUUCAGUGAUGAGGACCUGGCCAGCAGAAUCAUCUCACACAUAAAGACAUCAAGGAGCCUCCACAUCAUGUGCCACAUUCCAGUCUUCUGUUGGAUUUCUGCAAUAGUCCUUGAACACAUGCUGAAACAUAAGAGAGAAGAGAUGCCCAAGACUCUGACUGAGAUGUACACACACCUUGUGGUGUUUCAUACCAAACAGAAGAAUGAAAAGUAUCUUGGGAAAGAAGAGACAGAUCCACACUGGAAUAAAGAGAGCAUUCUGUCAUUGGGAAAACUGGCUUUUCAACAGCUUGUGAAUGGCAAUCUGAUUUUCUAUGAAGAAGACCUGAAAGAGGCUGGCAUUGAUGUUAAUGAAGCCUCAGUGUACUCAGGAUUGUGCACACAGCUCUUUAAAGAGGAAUGUGGGCUGUACCAGGACAAGGUGUACUGCUUUGUUCAUCUGAGCAUUCAGGAGUUUCUGGCUGCUGUAUAUGUGUUCCUCUCAUUCAUCAACAUCAAUCAGAAUCUCAUGGACAAACCUCAAACAACGUCCAGGAAACUUUCUGUGAGGAUCAAACAAAGGCGUAAAGUUACUUUCUACAAGAGUGCUGUGGAUAAAGCCUUACAAAGUGAGACGGGAAACCUGGACCUUUUCCUCCGCUUCCUCCUGGGCCUCUCACUGGAGUCCAAUCAGAAGCACUUACGAGGUCUACUGACAAAGACCAGAAGCAGCUCACAGAGCCAUGAAGACACAGUCGAGUACAUCAAGGAGAAGAUCAGGGAGAAUCCCUCUCCAGAGAGGAGCAUCAAUCUGUUCCACUGUCUGAAUGAACUGAAUGACCAUUCUCUAGUAGAGGAGAUCCAAAGAUACCUGAGAUCAGGAAGUCUCUCAAAACCCAACCUGUCACCUGCACAGUGGUCAGCUCUGGUCUUUCUGUUGCUGACUUCAGAAAAGGAGCUGGAUGUGUUUGACCUGAAGAAAUACUCCAGAUCAGAGGAAGGUCUUCUGAGGCUGCUGCCAGUGGUCAAAGCCUCCAGAGCUGUUCUGCUGUCAGGCUGUGGAAUCACAGAGGAAGGCUGUGCUUCUCUGGUCUCAGCUCUGAAGUCAAACCCCUCACACCUGAGAGAGCUGGAUCUGAGUAACAAUGACCUGAAGGAUUCAGGAGUGAAGCUCUCUGCUGGACUGGGGAAUCCCCACUGUAAACUGGAGACUCUGAGGCUGUCAGGCUGUCUAGUCACAGAGGAAGGCUGUGCUUCUCUGGUCUCAGCUCUGAGGUCAAACCCCUCACACCUGAGAGAGCUGGACCUGAGCUACAAUCACCCAGGAGACUCAGGAGUCAGACUGCUCUCUGCUGGACUGGAGGAUCCACACUGCAGACUGGAGAAACUCAAGUAUGUAGAGGGUUUAUGUCAAUGUUCAUAUCAGACAUGUUGGACUUAUCAGGCUAGUUAAGACAAACAUUCUGACCAACACUUGGACAAAGUUAUAUGCUGACUGGACAAACACACACACACUGGACUCACACACUGGAUUCACACACUGGGGACACACACACACUGGACACACACACACACUGGACACACACUGGACACACAGGACUCACACACACAAACACUCACACACAAACACACACUGGACAAACACACACUGGACACACACAUACAGACACACACUGGACACACACACGCUGGACUCACACACACACACACAGUACACACUCACACACACAGUACACACACACAAACACUCACACACACGGACACACACACACACACUGGACACACACAGGACUCACACACACACACACAAACACUCACACACACACAAACAUUCACACACAAACACACACUGGACAAACACACUGGACUCACACAUAAACACACACACAGUACACACAAACACACACAC